UUCCUACCUGCUCAGCUUUUGUGGUUCCCUCUAAAGAGCUGCAGAGCAGCAGGAGCCCAAGCACCUGAAGCAGGUGUUGGUGUUUGUAGGCACAAUGAACUGCUGUGGGCACCAAAGCUACUUCUCGCUGGGUUUUAGGAAGCAGCCUUGGGUUUCUAGGCUGGAAGGGUGGCUGGCUGCAGGGUGGCCCAGAGCAAGGAUGGGAAAUGUGGAGGAUGGGGUGCCUCCACAUCCAGCAGCUACAGAGUGCUUCCCGUGCUUCCGGACACAGGCUUUGCUAGUGGAUGUGCUCCCAGAACUUAUAAAGCACGGCCGCGAGAGGAUAGGACAAACCAUCAAGGCGUCCGGCUCCAGGCUCUGCUCGUAUGCUGAACGAGUUGCCUUUUUAAUGGACCGAUCCAGAAGCCCAGACACCAGUCCCCAGCCCCCGGCACCAAGUGACAACAUCAACCUCGGGCCUUCUGCUAACCCCAAUGCCAAGCCAACAGACUUUGACUUCCUGAAAGUUAUUGGCAAGGGAAGCUUUGGAAGAGUUCUUCUGGCCAAACGCAAGUGUGAUGGGACUUUCUAUGCUGUGAAAGUCCUGCAGAAGAAAACCAUCCUAAAGAAAAAGGAGCAAAACCACAUCAUGGCAGAACGUAAUGUGCUGCUGAAAAACGUCAAGCAUCCCUUUCUUGUGGGGCUCCAUUACUCCUUCCAGACCUCAGAAAAGCUUUAUUUUGUGCUGGACUAUGUAAAUGGGGGUGAGCUCUUCUUCCACUUGCAAAGAGAGCGCUGUUUCCGUGAACCCCGCGCCCGCUUUUAUGCUGCAGAAGUUGCUAGUGCAAUUGGGUACCUGCAUUCCUUAAAUAUAAUUUACAGGGACUUAAAGCCUGAGAAUAUCCUCUUGGAUUGCCAGGGACAUGUAGUUCUGACGGACUUUGGACUCUGCAAGGAAGGAAUGGAGCAAGAAGAGACCACRUCUACGUUCUGUGGCACCCCGGAGUACUUGGCUCCUGAGGUGCUAAAGAAGCAGCCAUAUGACAGGACAGUAGACUGGUGGUGCCUUGGAGCUGUCCUCUACGAGAUGCUUUUUGGACUGCCUCCUUUUUACAGCCGGGAUGUGUCUCAGAUGUACGACAACAUUCUGCACAAGCCGCUCCAGGUCCAAGGAACCAAGACCAUAGCGGCUUGUGACAUCCUCCAGGGACUUCUCCACAAGGACCAGAAAAGGAGGCUGGGUGCCAAGACAGACUUUCUUGAGAUCAAGAACCAUGUAUUCUUUAGCCCAAUAAACUGGGAUGAUCUGUAUCACAAGAGGAUUACCCCUCCAUUCAACCCCAAUGUGGCUGGCCCAGCUGAUCUACGGCACUUUGAUCCGGAGUUCACCCAGGAAGCCGUCUCCACCUCCAUCACGCACACCCCUGACCUAGCAGCCAGCAGCUCCAGUGCCUCCGAUGCAUUUUUAGGAUUUUCUUAUGCACCCACAGAGGAGGACAUCUAGGUUUUUAUAAAGGCUUUGAGAAGCCAGAUUUUAACUGAAUGGCUUUUAUCCUUUUUGAAAGGAAUUCUACUGUCCUCUGCUUGUGGUUUAAGGAAACUGGGACUAACACACUAACUGGCUGGGACAGAGUUGAAUUUGGUGGGUUUCCUUCGCAAUGACUAUUUCUCUGGUAGCGGAGGUGGGGCACUGAUUUUUAUUUUUUUUUCUCCCGGGGUGUUUUUGUACAACUCGGGCAGAAUUGUAUCUACUCUUUGUAUUUAUGGUUGAGGUAUGUACCAUUAAUUGCAUUGGCAACCACAUCCCUUUAACUGGCCACUUGUGUGUGGAGCUAACUCAGCCCAGCUCUGCCUAUUUUUCUUGCCCACACAGGCACACUCGGAGAUACUGAUCACACUACCUCCAGCAGUGGCAAAAGCAGUGGCUUCCUUCCUUAAAUGAGCACAAGUCCACUUAGAGUGGUUGGGAAAGGGAUAGUUAAACUGAACUAGGUUACUUUAGCAAGUCCUCUCUGUAAGGCCAGCAAAAGGGGCAGUUCAUGAGGUUCUUCUGUUGGUGCUGGAAACAUUAAUAUGUGAGGGGUGAAUUCUGCAUCCUGGGCUGAGCUCACAGGGGGCAGAGCUGGGCUGAGACUAGGGAUUGCUCCAAAGGCAGCCCAUGGUAUGUGGCUCCUGACUUGUGCUGCAGUUGUCCAAGCUGUCUGUGUGUCCCYAGAUGAAGGGGUCUUCCCCUCGGCACGGGGCUGGUGCUGCUCUGCAGGGGCAAUGUAUGCAGAAAUCCGGGGUAAAAGGAACAGCAAGGUGCCAGGCAGCUUGGUCACCUCUAGCUCACCUUAUAGCCCACCCUAGCCUGGAGGAAAAGGGGCUCUUUCUGUAGCACAGGCUGCACCUUCGUCCACCUCUGAKGGAUGCAAGCGUGGGCCAGAGCACCAUGGAGCAGAGGCCAGUGUGGCCAAGGGAGGCCCUAAGUGCAACUCCAGCCCCUGCGCACGGUGACCAGCACUUCAGCCAACAAAUAAUGAGCUGGGCUCUGGUGCUGCUCCCCAAAGCCUGUCACCAAUGCAGAAGUGCUACUUAUUCUGCCUUAAUUGGAAUGCUGGUAUAAUCACCUGAAUGUCACCACUCCACC